UGGACGCGCUGGUGAGGUCAGAGUUCAGGCCAUACUGAUGACGUCAUGCGUUGAAGAUGGCAGACGGGGAAGGAGGAUGGUGGGGAGGCUGGCUGACACAGAGCUUCCAGGCCGUCAAAGACAAGUCAGCUGAGGCGUAUGAGUUUAUCAAACGGGAUCUUUCAGAAUUCUCCAACGUGGUCCAACAUGACACGACAUGCUCCGUUGUUGCGACAGCGAAUGCAAUUAAGACCAAACUAGCAGUUGAAGGUUCAUCAGAGGCCACGGAAAAGGUGAAGAAGGGCAUUUCGAAUAUUUUGGGUGUGAUCACAGACACUUUGGUUCCUGCUCCAGACAAGACUAUUGACUGUGAUGUCAUCACGCUGGUAGCCACUCCGGCAGGCACAACAGAGGUGUAUGACAGCAGCAAGGCUCGACUCUACAGUCUUCAAGCAGACCCUGCUACAUACUGCAAUGAGCCUGAUGGCCCUCCACAGCAGUUUGAUGCCUGGUUAUCCAGUUUCAAAUUGGAAGAGAGGAAAGCUGAGAUCUCUGAACUGCUCAUUAACAGUCCUGCCCUAAGAGCUCUUUAUACUAAAAUGGUUCCAGCAGCAGUGGCUCAUUCCGAGUUCUGGCAGCGGUACUUCUAUAAAGUGUUCCAGCUGGAGCAGGAGGAAGCCAGGAGGGUAGCGCUGAAGCAAAGAGCGGAGCAGAUGGAUCAUUCUGAGAGUCUUGGUUGGGAAGAAGAGGACGAAGAAGGUGAGUUUCUCGGGGCCACGUCUUCAUCACGUUUAGAUUUCACGCCACCUGUCGAAGAGGCAUGUGUCCCUUCGGUAAAGAUAGAGGCCUCACCUGAAAGCUCUUCACCCGCUCAAGUGGUGGUUUCCACCAGCAAUGUAGCAUCGGACAUCACUCCCUCUGUAAGCAGCGACAGCGUCAGCUUCCCCACCCAGAUCGAGAAUCAAGCAGACUCCGUCACCAUCAGAGUCACGCAGCCAUCGCCCGCUGCAGACGAGGUCUCUCAGAAACUCUCAAAGGCCAAUUUACAGGAGACAUUCCCAGAGGAGCGUCCCUCACAGACCGCCAGAGAGGACGUAGCUCAAGACCUCCGAGUGUUUGAGCUCAACUCAGACAGCGGCAAAUCCACACCCUCCAAUAAUGGCAAGAAAGGUUCGAGUACAGAUGUGAGUGAAGACUGGGAGAAGGAUUUUGAUCUGGAUAUGACAGAAGAAGAGGUUCAGAUGGCUUUGUCUAAAAUAGAUGCAACAGAAGAGUUGGAAGAUGAGGACUGGGAGAACUGGGAGUGAGAAUCUGGUGGAGGGAAUUCUGGCCCGAUAUCGACGUGAGAUGUUGCUGUUCCCAAAGUGAACCAUGCAUAAUAUAUAUAUAUAGUCUACGGCCACACCUGCUCAUUCAUCGAGUCCAGUGAGCGGGUCACCUCCUGCGAAUGAAAUUUACAUGCUAGCUAAAUGCUUGUCCACCAAACAGUCAUCCGAAGUCUGAUGAAGUGGUCUGGUCUCACUCUGGAGGUCCUAAAAAUGACCUGCGGUAAAACACUAAGACUGAUCAGAGAAGCACAUAUCAGUUUAUGAAAGAGGUCACCUUGGAAUGCCAUUUGUACCUGCUGUAUGUCCAAUAAUGUUAGUCUCCUUUCGAGAUUUCAGUGGGAGAAUGUGAAUUAACUGCUGGGGUUCCUGAUUAGC